AUGGACCAGCGCCUCGCCGAGCUGGUGGAGGAGCUCACCGCGUCCGGGGAGCCGCAGCUGGAGCCGCGCGGGAUGAGGGAGCUGAAGAAAAUUUGCAAGUCCUCCGAUGAACACCUCGGCCAUGCCUAUCGCCUGCUGAUGACGCGGCUGAAGGAGGAGCACGCCGAGAUCCGCUUCUCGGCUUUUCAGAUCGUGCUCGAGUUGUUCGCCCGCUCACAUCAGUUCCGGACGUUCCUUAUUUCUGACUUCCAAGAGUUCCUGGAGCUCACGGUUGGGACAGACCAUGAGCAGCCUCUCCCCCCGCCCAAGGAGGUGGCGCAGAAGCUGAGGCGAGCGGCCAUUAAGGCCGUGCAAGACUGGCAUGAGAAGUACGGCGAGGCCUACAAGAAGCUUGCUCUGGGAUACCACUUUCUAAAGCAGAAUAAGAAGGUGGAUUUUCAAGAUGUGAGUGCCAGAACCCUGGCUGAAAGGAGGAGGGAAGAGGAGAAGCAAAAACGAUUGGAUAACAUUUACAAAGAAAAAACAAAAAGAGCUGAAAAAGAAAUGGCAGAAAUGUCUCAGGAGAUUGCUGACACACUGACAGAGAUGGAAAACUGUUUCCAGCUUCUAAUGCCAGAUCCCUUUGACUUCACUGUGAAUGACACAGAACUGGGACCCGACAAACAAAUGACGGCUAGUGAGGACAAACCUGCAGCCCCCUCGUCUUCCCGGAUAGCACCUCACCCAUCUUAUUUUGGACAUGUGGAUGACGAACAACCAUGCUGCAGCAAGGACCUUCUUUCUGUUUCUCAGUGUUUUCAGACUGGUAGAAAUGAAGAUAUGAGUGAGGACCAGGAGAAGCAGGACCAAAAAGAAUUAGAUGGAGGCACCCACUCGGAACUUGGAUCUGAUGUCCCCGUUCUCAGUGAUGAUGAUUACCAAACUUUUGUUAGGAACCAUGGACUUAUUUCUCAUAAAUAUACUCUAGACCUUGAAAUCUCCACAGAUAUAAAAGUACAUGAGAAUGAAGAUAAUACAGCCAUAAUAAACAACGUUAUGGAUGCACACAGACUCCUUAGAAAUAAGUUUUUGCCUACUGUGCAAUCCUGGAUUCAGUUAUUUACCAGAGUGGGAAUAAAUGAUGAUCGGCUAAGAUGUGCCAUUGAUCUCAAAAAUAAACUGGAGAUUGCUAUGAAGAAAUACAAGGAAAUGAACAUUUCCAUUAAGGAGAGGAAAAGAAAAGUGAUGAAAGCCUCAGACAAUGAUGAUGACGAUGACGACGAUGAUGAUGAAUUUGUGGAGGUCCCUGAGAAGGAAGGUUAUGAACCCCACAUUCCAGACCACCUGCGAAAGGAAUACGGACUGGAGCCCCUGUCACCGCCGAGCACACAGGGAAGGGAGGCGCCGGUAGGACGGGCUCCACUCAGCUCUCGGGCCCAGCCAAAAGGGAGCGAGGAUGAACUGGACCCAACCUGUGCAGCUGCAACACUGAAACUGAUUAGAGACCAGCUACCCAAGUUACCACCUCCACACACAAGCAAGUCUACAACUACUGAGCAAGCAGCUUUGGAAGAGCCUGACAGCAAGGCAAGAAAACGAGCAGAAGAAAGAGCUAAAGCUCCCGUCCUGCCUUUUGGAUUAGAUCUUCACUACUGGGGACAGGACCAGCCAAGUGCUGGGAAGAUUCUCAAACUUUCUUCUCAGCAUCGAUUUUGGGCACCCAAUGAAGUGGAGGAGGAGGUUGAAAAUAAAGAAAUCUCUGAGAUGUUAAAAACUAGAUAUAUAACGUUUGCUGGGGAGUUUGAACCAGUGAAACAUAAAUGUCGAGCACCGAUGCCUAAUGGAGGCCUGUGUGAAAGACAAGAUCGCGUUAAGUGCCCUUUCCAUGGAAAAAUAAUUCCUCGGGAUGAAUCUGGGAUUCCUCUCAACUCGGAAGACAGAGCCAGAGAAGAAAAGAUGAAAUUUGAGAAACAAGCAGCCCAGCCAGAGUGGCGAGAUCCAGAAUUCAUGAGAGAAGUUGAAGCAGCUACAGGAGUGGAUCUUGGGUCCUCUAAAAAUAAUGAAAAAGGAGGGAAGAAGAAAGGGAAGAAGAAAAAAUACCCAAAUCUGACAGACCUGAAGCAGCAAGCUAAUACUUCUCGUUCCCGGCUUGAGAAGAAAGUCUUCAAUAAAGGUGCCAUGAAACGAGUGGUGAAAGCAAUGAAUCGAGUGGACCAGAGAAAGCAUGAGAAGUUUGCCAACCAGUUCAACUACGCACUGAAUUAAAUCAUAACAAAGUGAAGGGCAAAGAGGAG